AUGGCUGUAAGAGAUGCAGAAGAAGGAGAAGAUGUGACAAUGAGAGUGAUACUUCUGCAGCUCAUUGACACUGUCAUCUCUGCCUUCAACCUGGCUUUCUUGAUGAUCACAGAGGCUGCAGCCACAUCACAAAGAUGUUUACUCACUAGAAAAUGUCAGAAUUAG